AUGGAGAAGGCUCUGGUUCCCCGCGCAACGAUUUUAUUAAUGGAAGAAAAAAACGAGCUUGCAGAAACGGAAAAAGCAGAAGAUGGUGAAGAAGUAGCAGUAGAGGAAGUGGAGGAUGAACAGUCGAAAAUGGAAGGAAUGGCAUCAAUAGCGUUGUUACCAGAUGGGUCAAUCUCGGGUCAUUUUGUUCAUCUUCCCCAUUCCGUUUGUUACGGCAUUCAUGGCACUGAGAUAGCAUGUGAAAGGGAAUGUAGCAGGGGUGAAGACUACCGUUUGGUCAAACUGACUAUAAUAGACUUCAAUAGGAAGAAAGAAAGGGAUGUAGUGGUUGAACGAAGAGGCCAUGAUGCUGCACGCUUAUGUAACAUUGAUCAUGCUCAUGGAUGGGAGAAGGAUGUGGUUAGUUUAGUUGCCAACGAGCAAGAGAAGAGGAAGAUUGCAAUUUCUUUUGAGUGUGAAACGCUUAAAGCUGAUGAAGCAGCAGAAGGGCAUAUUAGGCAGUUCAUGCCCAAAUUAACUGGAUUGGAUGCUGUUGUUAAUAUUGGGAAGAUGAGUAUCACAGGUUUGGACUUCAAAGCAGAAGUGGGACGUGUGGAGCCAAGUUCCUAAACUUAUGAUCCAAACAACAUUUUUGAUCCAAGUAUAAAUCUACCCUUUGUUAAAAUUUGUUUAUAUAAAAUCCAUCACUGUUAGAAUUAAUGAUUCGUUUGAUGAUAAACAUGGUUGAUGAAGCUAAAUGCUUGAGAGCGAUUAUAUUGACGGAGAUGAGUAGUUUAUU